AUGGAUUGUUUUAUUGCAGAGCACAAUCUUUCGUGUAAUGUAGCGUCCCAUUUGACAAAAUUAAUACGCGCUGUCUGUCCAGAUUCUAAAGUUGCAGAGGAACUGUCUAUGAGCAGAACUAAAGCUAGAGCAAUUAUCGUCAAUGUAACUGGAGAAACUGCGCAAAAAAACCUAAUGGAGAAUUUAAGAGAAAAUAACUUUUAUUUGCUUGUGGAUGAAAGUACGGACAAAUCUAUCAUUAAACAUUUGGCAUUGAUUGUAAGAACAGUGGCCGAUAAUUUUCAAGUUGAAGACCGAUUUUUUACACUGAUACCCAUUGAAGAUGGAACAGCAACAGCGUUGCUUGGUAAAAUCAUAGAGUAUUUUACCGAGAAAAACAUACCUUACAAAACCAAUAUGUUAGGCUAUGCAUCUGAUGAUGCUAACGUUAUGUUUGGUGUCAAUCAUUCUCUGGUAACACUUUUAAAAUAUGAUAUACCUCAUCUUUGUACGAUAAAGUGCAUAUGCCAUUCAUUCAGCCUCUGUGCCUCGUAUACAUGCGAAAAAUUGCCAAGAGGUGUAGAAGACUUCUGUAGAGAAGUAUUUAAUCAUAUACAGAAUUCUCCAAAACGUAUAGGCGACUAUAAAACAUUUCAAGCGUUCGCAAACAUUAAGCCACACAAGCUGCUUCACCCUAGCCAAACAAGAUGGUUGUCACUUAUUCAGGUCGUUAACAGGAUUCUAGAACAAUUGCCGGCCAUAAAAAUAUAUUUUCAAGCGGCUGUCCAUGUGGACUUACUUUCUGCUCAAGCAAUCCUUAACAAGGCCCUCGAACCAACGACAGAGCUUUAUCUAGAAUUUUUGAAAUUUGCGUUGCCCAUAUUUACAGAACUCAACAAAAAAAUGCAAUCGGAAACACCAAAAGUAUAUUUACUUUAUGAAAAAGUUUUAAAUGCUUACACAAAAUUGUUGGAGUGCUUCGUUAAACCCGAAUAUUUAGACCUCACGGUAUUAGAACGACGUGAAACGAGGAAUUUAUCAGAUAUGAGAGAAGAGAAAAUUUUGAGUGUCGAUUUCACAGAGGCAGCAAAACAUUUGCCGUUACACGAAAUAUACGUUGGAGGGAUGGUUCCGAAUCUGGUCAGAUCAAGACGUGAUGAUCAAGUGAAUGAUCAAGGAGAAUUGGAUGAAGAAAGCCUGAACAAUUUCUAUAUAAAGUGUAAAGAAUUUUAUAUAGAGGCAGCAAAGCAAAUGAAAAAACGAUAUCCAUUUAACGACACAAGAUCGCCAAGCGUUGAAAUGCUUAAAAAUGCUAGACCCUAA